AACAACGAAGAAGCGACGCAAACACAAGAUGUGGCUCAUGUUUGCUGUUACUUUUCUUCACUUUAACUCUCUAACUGCAAGUGUUGCGUGUCGUCGAGUCUGAACACUUUGAGGAGGGUCGUGUUUAACCAAAGAAAGUACAUAUGGAGGCUUCUGUGGGAUCAAGACAAAAUCACGACUUAAGUACUGUCUUGUCAUCGUGUGAGCCAGAGCUGCAAGAGCUGAUGAGACAGAUUGACAUUAUGCUCAGUAAUCAGAGGAAGGAGUGGGAGGCUGAAAUUCAGGCCAUGGAGUUCCGGCUGAAAAGUACACAAGAGGAGCUACAAACAUCAAGAAGUCUAAUUGAACGGAGAGACUUUCAGCUCAAGUUGCUUCACAAGCAAUUGGAUGACAGUCAGACAGUCCAACGAGAGAAAGAACAACAACUGCAGAAAGUCUCCAAUGAGUUGGAUGAAUUAAAGAAGAGUUACCACAAACGUCAGCGCAAACAGUAUAAGGAGACCAGUGUGGGAGCAAACAAGAAGGAGAAGGACUGUGCACAGACAGCACACCUCAAAGAAAAGAUUCAGGAGUAUCAGCAGCUUUCUGCAGAGUGGGAACAGCAGUGCAUCCAGCACCAAAAACAAGUGAUGGCACUGGAGGCCCAGAAUAAGAACCUCCGGGAUGAACUCACACACAUGAGAUCACAGUGGGCUUCCUGGCAAAAAGCGAGGGAGCACAGGCAGAACAGUUUAGAGGUACAGCAGCGGCUUUGCACUCAGCUGGAAAAGACUCAGAGUCAGCUCCAUUCCCAGGAACUUGAACUGGAGCGCCUCCGACCCCUAGAGAUGCACCUGGAACAGCAGGUGCUUGAAGAAGAAAAGGAUGAGGUCUGCAGCUCGCUGAACUCUCAGGACGUGUUUGUGAAAAACAGUGUUCGUGAGCACCAAAGGCUUCAGAAUGAGGCGGCCAAACUCAUCCAAAUACUGAAAGCGAAGGAGGAAAUAAUUUGCUCUCUGGAGGACUGUCUGGCUGCAACCGGCUGUACUGGAGUAGAAGCCCUCAGACGGGAUCUGGAAAAGACCACCACUAAGUUUCACUGUGCCCAAGCACGUGAGCUCCAUCUCAAGACUGAAGUAGCACAUCUCAAAGAAAGAUUAGAAAAGGCCAACAGACAGAGAACAGACCAUUUAAAGACCGAGCAAGAGCUGAAGAACAUGAAGGAGGAUUAUGAUGCCAUUGUUGCCAAGACUAUAAAGCUCCAAGAGACUAUUCAAAGAGCCGAGCAGACUCACAGCAGUGAGGUGGAGGGAAUGAGGGAAAAGGUGGCAAAGUUAACCAAUGAGCUGCACCAGCGAGACCUGACCAUCGCCACAAUGAGCGGCUCCUCAUCCACCAUCAAGCAGCAGCUUCAUGAGGAGGUGGUCCGAGCGGAGCAGAAAGCAACUGAGCUUAAAGUGACUCGGGCACAGCUGGAGACUCUUCAAACAGAGAAUCACAGUCUGAAGGAUCUCCUGCAGAGACUCGUGACUCAGACACCCAAGAGGGGCGAUUCCUCGCUUGCAUCGCUGAAGGAGAGUUAUGCAUCUUCUCUGAGCAGUCUGGAAGGUCAGAAUCUACAGUUACAGCGGCAACUUUCUGAGGCACAAACCCAACUUGAGCUCUCCAAUCGGACGUGGCAGGAGAAAUAUGAACAAGCUCUCAGUCGUGCCAAAACUGAGCAGUCACAGACUAAUCAGGACAGUCCUGAUGAUGCCAGACAUCAGCAACAUGUGGAGGAGAUGGAGGCCAUGAAAGCUAGAAUGCAGGAGAACACCACUCGCUAUGAAGAGGAGAUCCAGAGACUCUUCAAGCAGCUGCAGAACUUGUCUCAUUCAUCCAGAGAGCAGCUUAGUUCUCAGGUUAAAGAUGGAACUCAGAUCCAAGCCUCUUCGUCCUCCUCCUGCUCAUCGGGCAAUGCGAGGCAGACCCAGACAAAUUUAGUACCUGCCAUUUCCCACACUGAGUCUACUGCUGAAGACAAGAACCCAAGAUCUGAACAUUCUCUCGCCUUGAUGACCACAGAAAAAGUCCCACAGAUGGAGCCUUUGUCAGUGUUGUCUGCAGAUACAACAGUCUCUCGUUUUUUGGAGCAAGAAAGCUUGCGCUCAAAGGAGCUGCUCCACAGACUGGACAUCCACAUCCAGGGCAUGAGAGAGGAAAACAGCAAGACUGUUGCAAAAUACCUCCCUAGUGGCUCCAGACCUGAAUCUAGACAGACUUCUGUGCAGGACGGUCAGUGAUUGACUGAGAUGGAAUUAAUAUGAGGGAAAAAGUGCCAUGAACACUGCAGCAGAUUGUUUUUGUACAAGCUUGUAUGUGGUGGUGACUGACAUAAGAUGGUAUGUACGACACCAGUUUUUAAGCCUAAAGCUUGUUCAUCUGUCCUCAGGUAUGUUAUACAGACAUAUCUGUAAGUAUUUGGACAAGGACAUGAUUUUUGUCUCUGGACUCCACCACAAUGGAGUAUAAAUGAAACAAGACUUUUUUUCUGAGUAGUUUAGACUGUUCCCAUUAAUUCAAAGGGUUUAAUAAAAAUAUAUGCCUUAACCACUUUUAUACAUAGUCCUCUCAUUUUCAGGGGACAUUAUUAACUGGA